GCUACAUCACGCUCUAAGAACUUCAACACCGAACUCUUGUCGAUCUUCAACUGCCGCCUCCACUCGCCAUGGACCCCAACUGCUCCUGUGUCUCGGACGGAUCCUGCUCCUGUGCCGGCUCCUGCAAAUGCAAACAAUGCAAAUGCACCUCCUGCAAGAAAAGCUGCUGCUCCUGCUGCCCCGUGGGCUGUGCGAAGUGCUCUCAGGGCUGCAUAUGCAAAGAGGCUUCAGACAAGUGCAGCUGUUGCGCCUGAGUGGGGGCGUCCCCACAACUGUGUAAAUAGAAUAUGUUGGAACCUAUUGUACAACUCUGACCCCCGUUUUCCACACCCUUUUUUCUAUAAAAACAUGUAACUGACAAUAAAAAUUGUUGACUUGAUUAA